AUGGAGCCUUUUUUCUGGUUUGUAUGGACAAGGUCUGAGUAAAACUGGUUUUUACAAUUAUUGCUACCCAAUUGUGCGGCAUUGCCUUUGGUGUUAUCGUAUUACACCAGUUGUUUGACAUAGAAGGUCAAGUUAUUAGUGAGAAUACAAACGAAAACAACAGUUCUUACUCUCUGAGCUUUGACUUGAGGUAUUCAUAUGAAUUUGCUAACUUUGUCGACUAUGCCUAAGCAAGAUUAGCACCAUGUUGGCAGCAGCUUAGACAUGCUUAGAUUAUGACGUAGCUGUUUUGUACACACAGAUGCCCUUCAUUUCCAAAGGAUUUAAGUUGCCCAUACGACCAUUACUGCCGCCCCCAUGGACGUCAAUGUCAAUGCAGGGUGGUCUGUGAAAGAGCUUUGUGAUUUGGGGUCUGCUCAGCUUGGGAAGGAAGUGAGCGAGAGAGAGUCUAGUCUCAAGUCUCAGCAGCAUUGUUCCCAUCAAUCAAUUAGUGGGUAGCAGUUUUAGGGGCCUUUUGGUCAUAGAAGAUAGAUUGAAGGUCCUUUUCGUCAUUGGAAAAACAAUGGCAAAAAUAAUUAAAUAACCUAAACCCUACAUAAUACCUCCUUUGUCUCUUUCUUCGCUCUCAUACAUCGCCAUUCUCUUAAACCCUAGUCGGUACUAGGAUCGCCAAAAGGAAUCCAAGGAUCACGGUUGAUAUAUAAGGAUGGUGCAAUACAAUUUUAAGAAGAUUACGGUGGUCCCGAAUGGGAAGGACUUCAUUGAUAUCAUCCUUUCUCGCACACAGAGGCAGACACCAACUGUUGUCCACAAGGGAUAUGCCAUUUCCCGACUCCGACAGUUUUACAUGCGUAAAGUAAAGUAUACCCAACAGAAUUUUCACGAGAAGCUUUCUACCAUAAUUGAUGAAUUCCCUCGCCUAGACGAUAUCCAUCCAUUCUAUGGUGAUCUUCUUCAUGUUCUCUACAACAAAGACCAUUACAAGCUUGCACUUGGCCAAGUAAACACUGCAAGGAAUGUUAUCAGCAAGAUUGCAAAAGACUAUGUAAAAAUGUUGAAAUAUGGAGAUUCGUUAUACCGAUGCAAAUGUCUGAAGGUUGCUGCUCUUGGGCGCAUGUGCACUGUGAUAAAGAGAAUUGGGCCCAGCUUGGCAUAUUUAGAGCAGAUCAGGCAACACAUGGCAAGGCUGCCUUCAAUUGAUCCAAAUACUCGGACAAUCCUAAUAUGUGGGUAUCCAAAUGUUGGAAAGAGUUCAUUCAUCAACAAGAUCACAAGGGCAGAUGUAGAUGUCCAGCCAUAUGCUUUCACCACAAAGUCGCUAUUUGUAGGUCAUACGGACUAUAAGUAUCUUAGAUAUCAAGUGAUUGAUACUCCCGGGAUUCUUGAUCGGCCAUUUGAGGAUCAUAAUAUUAUUGAGAUGUGCAGCAUUACAGCUCUGGCUCAUCUGCGAGCUGCUGUAUUGUUCUUCUUGGACAUCUCAGGGUCUUGUGGCUACAGCAUUGCACAGCAGGCUGCUCUUUUUGACAGCAUCAAGUCUCUUUUUAUGAACAAACCGUUGAUAAUCGUCUGCAACAAGACUGAUUUGCUGCCUCUGGAAGGGAUUUCAGAGGAAGACAUGAAGUUGGUCAUGGAGAUGAAGGCCGAAGCCAUGAAGACUCUAGUAGGUCAAGGAGGUGAGUCUGCAGAGGGUGAGGGUGUGCUGCUGACCAUGAGCACUUUGACUGAGGAGGGGGUAAUCUCGGUAAAGAAUGCCGCAUGUGAGAGAUUAUUGGAUCAGAGAGUGGAAUUGAAAAUGAAGUCCAAAAAGAUGAAUGACUGUUUAAACAGAUUUCACGUUGCCAUACCGAAGCCACGUGAUCAGAGGGAAAGGCCACCUUGCAUACCUCAGGCUGUUUUGGAAGCUGAAGCCAAGCAAGCAGCAGAGAGGGAGAAGAGGAAAACUGAAAAGGAUCUGGAGGAUGAGAAUGGUGGUGCUGGUGUAUAUGCUGCUAAUUUGAGGAAAAAUUACAUUUUAGCUAAUGAUGAGUGGAAAGAAGACAUCCUGCCAGAAAUUCUUGAUGGUCACAAUGUGUACGACUUUGUGGAUCCUGAUAUCUUACAGAGACUCGAGGAGUUGGAACAAGAAGAAGGUAUUCGGCAGGCAGAGGAGGAUGAUGACGAUUUUGAGAUGGAUGGCAAGGAGUUGACCCCAGAAGAACAAGCAGCACUGGCUGAGAUCAGGAAAAAGAAAAGCUUGCUCAUUCAACAGCAUAGGAUGAAGAAAAGCACUGCAGAGAGUCGGCCCACAGUACCAAGAAAAUUUGACAAGGAUAGGAAAUACACGGCAGAGAGAAUGGGCAGACAACUAUCAGCUUUGGGGCUUGAUCCCGCUAGGGCAAUUAGUCGUUCCCGCAGCAGGGGCUUCAAAAGGGGGAGAUCACUUGACAGGGAAGGCAACAAUGAUUAUAAUGCAAUGGAUGUGGGCCAGCCAAACAAGAAGCUGCGUACUAGGUCUAGGUCUAUGUCUAGGUCUAGGUCUAGGUCACGGCCUCCAAGUGAGGUUGUACCAGGAGAAGGAUUCAAGGAUUCUGCUCAGAAGGUGAAGGCUAUCAAAAUUGCCAAGAAAUCUGUCAGGAAGAGGAACAAGGACGCUCGUCGUGGAGAGGCUGAUAGAGUUAUUCCUACACUUAAGCCAAAGCAUUUAUUCUCUGGGAAACGCUCCACUGGAAAAACUGAUAGACGCUAGAUAUGUAAGGAAUGGUGGGUUUUCUUGCAGAUGUAUACGUAGGCCUGGAAUUGUGUGCACUGUUGAGGAAGUAUGUUUUGUGUUGGACUUCGCUGGUCCAGCAGCACUGACUGAUCUUGGUUGGAAAGGCAAGUUUUUCCACAAUUAUCAGGAGAGGGGGGGUAUUAUUUUUUUUUUCCAGCUUUUAACGUUGAUGGGCAGCAGAAAACUUUGAAGGCAUUUUCUGCAAGUUGUAUUGUGGGUGUUUUUUUUGAAUCUUUACUUUAUGAUGUUUGAAGUUGUAUCUUUAACCGUAUUUAGUGCCAGUUCUUUUCGAUUCCGUUCUGUGAUUCCA